AUGAAUAUUUCGAGGGCUAUUCUGGGGAAUUUCCUUUUAUUUACAUCAAUAGUUUCACUUGCAAAGGCUAGUGUAUCCGAUGCUACGUGCCCAGAAAUCGAAAUAUAUGGCGGUAAGUUCUUCAACUCUAAAACAGGAGAGCAAUUUUUUAUGAAGGGUAUUGCUUACCAACCACAAAGAACUCUGGAAGACUUGGAAGAGGGUGCGGGCAUAUUCGAAACUAAAUAUGUUGACCCAUUGGCAGACACAUCAUUGUGUCUUCGUGACAUUCCCUAUCUCAGAAAGUUAGACGUCAAUACUAUCAGAGUUUACUCUGUUGAUCCAACCAAAAACCAUGAUGUAUGUAUGGAAGAAUUAAAGAAGGCCGGAAUAUAUGUUAUCCUAGAUUUAUCGGAACCUGAUUUAUCAAUUACGAGAGAUCAUCCUGAAUGGGAUGUGGACCUGCUGAAUCGCUAUAAGAGUGUUGUUGACGCAAUGCACUCAUAUUCUAACGUAUUAGGAUUCUUUGCGGGCAAUGAAGUUACCAAUGAUGAUACAAACACAGAUGCUUCUCCAUUUGUGAAAGCUGCUAUCAGGGAUACUAAAAAGCAUAUAAGAGAACAGGGCUAUAGAGCCAUUCCAGUGGGAUAUUCUACAAAUGAUGACGCCGAAACAAGAGCUGCAUUAGCCCAGUACUUCAUUUGUGGAGAUGUGACAGCCGACUUUUAUGGAAUUAACAUGUACGAAUGGUGUGGAUACUCUUCAUAUGGGACAAGUGGUUACAAAGAGCGUACUGAAGAAUUUGAAGGCUAUCCUAUACCUAUUUUCUUUUCAGAGUUUGGAUGUAAUGCUAUAAGACCGAGACCUUUUACUGAAGUUAGCGCAUUAUUUAGUGAGGAAAUGUCUUCCACGUGGUCGGGGGGGCUGGUAUAUAUGUAUUUUGAGGAAGACAAUGGGUAUGGUGUCGUUAAAGCAGAGGGUGAAAACGUUUAUGAGCUUGACGAUUUUGAUACUUUGCAGAAGCAGUAUUCAAAGGCUAGACCAAAGGGCACUACCAAGGAAGAAUAUGCUAAAAAUUGGCAGAAGUCGAAUGAUAUCGUUAGUUCUUGUCCACCAAAGACUGAGGUUUGGAAGGCAACAGAUCGCUUACCAGCGACUCCAGACUUACUAAAAUGUUCUUGUUUGGAAGAGGUCCUUCCUUGUAUUAUGACAGCACAUGAGGAUAAUGAAAAAUAUGUUGAAUUAUUCAGCUAUAUAUGUAGCCAGGUAGAUUGUUCAGACAUUGCUGCGGAUGGAGUAACAGGUAUUUAUGGUGAAUAUUCUGACUGUUCCAUAACCCAGAAGCUAUCACUGCAGUACUCCAAACUGUAUACUUUGAGAAGCUCCAAGAAUGGAGUUUGCCCAAAUUCUGAUGCAAAUAAGUUGUAUUUCAACCCAAGAAGCCUACAUAAGUUUGACAAAUAUGAUAAAUGUAACGCACGUGCUAAGAAAGUUGAGGAGUUACUGUCAAAGAGUUCACGUACUGGCUCUGGAGAAGGGGAUACAUCAGAUUCCAUUCAUAAAAGAACAAACAAGCCUAAAGACGGUAAAUCGCAAAAGUCAGGAUCAACGCAGCAGAGAGGAUCUGGUUACGUGAUUCUCUUUGUCUCCGUCUUCAUAGCAAGUAUCUUAUUAUAA